UGCGCCACUUGAGAGCGGUAGUGCCACGAGUGGAUUUCAGAAGAAGUCCUCCAACAUAUUGAUAGUCAAAAAAGAAGAUGACGGAGAUAGCAAGCCCUUUGAUGAAGGUUCUAAGAAUGUCAAUAAUCUGGCGCAUGAAAACGCAGUCUUAGCAACGGCGCCAAGUGCUGAUGAUCUGUCUGUUAAUCGUGCAGACAAAUUGGAGCCAUAUGUUGAAGCUAGUGGUUCUAUCACCGAAGUCAAUGCAGUGAUACCUCCGAAGUCGAGACCCAAACCUCUCAUAUAUGGCAAUUCGGUGAAUCCCUCCCGAGCACAGGCUGAAAACGACAUCAUUACCACGGGAGAUUUAACUUUCAUGCCAGGUCAAUCUUCGCCUGACAACCACGCGCAAAGCCUUGGUUAUAGUACCGUGCAUGUUUCAGAUCAAGCUCAAUCAGGACCAGUCGUUAACACUUCUAUACGUCCUCAUCACAUACAACCAACUCCAGUUGUGAUUCCUCACACUGUCGAGAACCAGCCUGAUGCAAGUGUCUCAGUUAUGCACCUGAGGGGUGCCCCCAAUCAAGCGGGUGGCUCCUCAGAAAAGCUUGCCGAUAACUACACAGCUCGGCAAGGCGUAGAAAGGACGCCAGAGACCCCUGUGUCUGUGGGGGGCUCUGACGUGUAUAGUGCAGGUGUCGCUUAUUUCAAUGCUGAUGAAGUGCAAGAUUGUGACCGAGAUCAGACGAGUAACUUGCGGGGUGAUGGCGAGAACGAGCAGCACUAUAAUACGCAAGAUGGUUGGGCAUCUCAACGACGAUCCAGUUGUUAUUCCCCAAGCGAUCAUUCACCUCCGCCUCCAGCAACCUCCCAUGAAUUCAACAAUCGCAACGACCGUUAUCCACAACAUUCUCCUGCAUUACAUUCGCCUCCCUUAGAGCACCAUCCUUUGCCAAUGGUUGGAAGGAAAAGGGCGCGUGACUCUGAUGAAUGGUUUGGAACCGAGACUAGCUAUAGGCCACGCAGGCUUCGGCCCGAUGAAUCAGAUCGUAAUAUAGAAAGGGGUUGGAGGGGCGAGCGGCCACCGUCCCCUAGAUGGCAUCCUCCAGCUGCUACUCGUAGACGUUCACCUACUCCAGAGUGGCGGCGGCGGCAUGACGACGAGCAGCAUUUCAGGCGCUCACCUUCUCCUGGCCGGCAAAGGGUGAUUUACAGACGACAAGUUUCACCGAUAUCACCUCACCGAGCUGAUGCAUUUCCUCCUCAUCCAAGGAUAACGCGUCCUGAGGGAGCCAGUAGAAUCCCACCGAAAGCAUCAUCUAGCUAUAGACCAUCAUAUCAAGAUAAUGAGGACAUGGGUUUUAGUGAGACAAGGGAUCCUCGUGUCAGGUUACAAGAAAAGGGUGGUUGGACUUCUGAAACGCAGACUUAUACACCUCGCUAUCGUCAAGAUACUGAAGAUAUCGUUGAAUCAUUGCCACCGCAUGAUGAUGACCUGGGCGGUGACCACGCAUCGUUGUUGUCCCGUAUGAGUGACACACAGCAGCCUCUACAAACUUUCACACAUCAACGAGGUACCGCUAACAGAGGCAGGGGACGUGGACGUUUAUCGCUUAUGUCCAGGUUAUCGAGUGUCGAAGCUACGAAUGAUGCAAGGACAUUUUAACUUGCUCCAUAACACAUGUUUCAAAGUGCCGCUUCCUAAUAAUUUACUUCAUGUAACAUAACUGUGAAUGUGAAUGUCAUUACAUUAAA